AUGGAUUUCUUUAGGAUUUUGGUAAUACUAUCCACAAUAAUAUGCCUAUGGACAUUUCUUCAUUUCUUUGGGUAUUACAAAAGAUCAUCAUCGAAGCUUCCACCGGGUCCUUUCCCUCUUCCGAUCAUAGGCAACCUUCUCCUAAUCGGACGAAACCCCCACCGCUCUCUCGUGAAGCUAUCAAAGAUUUACGGCCCUUUAAUGUAUCUCAAACUCGGAACCGUACAAACAAUUGUGGCAUCUUCACCAGAAAUGGCAAAAGAAAUUCUACAGAGACACGAUCAUAUUUGUUCCAAUCGGAUGGUACCUGACACGACCCAUGUAGCAAACCACCAUACGAGCGCUUUAUCCUGGCUGCCGGUGGGAAACAAAUGGCGUAAACUUCGUAAAAUCUGCAAAGAGCACAUGUUUACGGUUCAUAAGCUCCAAUCGAGCGAAGGCCUCCGUCAAAAAAAGCUGCACCAGUUGCGUGAUUACUUGCACGAAUGUUGCAGUAAUAGACGAGUUGUUGAUAUUGGGGAGGUUGCAUUUGUGACCUCCCUUAAUUUGAUUUCGACAACUCUCUUUUCUAUUGAUUUUGCUCACUUCGACUCUGAUUCUGCUCAAGAGAUGAAGGGUACUAUAAACGGGCUGAUGAAGAUAUUCGGCACCCUUAACCUUGCUGAUUACUUCCUGAUUCUUAAGUGGGUCGACCCACAAGGCCUUAAACGCGAAUCAAAAGCUUAUUUUGGGAAGAUGCUAGCGAUAUUCGAUCAAAUAAUUAGAGAAAGGUUGCGGUCAAGGGGCGUGUCCUCCUCCGAUUCUCCUAGGAAGAAUGAUUUACUUCAAGUACUUCUCGAUCUCAAUCAAGAAUGCGAUUCUGACUUGAGCCGCGAUGAGAUAAGACAUUUGCUUGUGGGCCGUUGGAUUGAGCUGAGAUUGACGGCCAGAUCUCCUAUCUUGUCCUCCUAA